AGUAGUUCUGUUUUACUGUUAAUUGGUUGAUUUAUUAUCUACAGUUAUUAAGAACUAUUUGAAAAAGAAAAAUUGUGUGUGUUAUUUGGCUUUAGGUUCAAACAAAACAUGGGUAUUUUGAGCAAUCCUAAAAGCACUGAAAAAUUAAGUACCUUACUAACACUUCACUCGCAAAAGAUCAUCGUAUUAAGUUUUAUUGCUGGAAUUAUAUGGUUCAGUCUCUUAGCAUCCGACGUUUUCAACAACAAAACUUAUUUUUCGGAAAAUGCGUUGCUCCCCGGUGUUGUGGUUAGAGAAUUUAAUCCAGGCUCUUUUCUUAAACGUCUCUUAGAAAGCUUAAGAGAAGAAUCUUCUUCACGUCCUUCUGCACUGCCUUCGGCUUGGAUACAAGGGCAAUUUAGGCAAAUAGGAUUAGAUGUGUACGAACAUAAUUUUUCGGUACAAUACCCGUUUGGAGCCAAAUCCAUUUUUAAUGGAAAAAAUAUUUAUGCUAUCUUGCGAGCUCCCAAAGCUGCAAGCACCGAAGCCAUCAUCAUAUCCACUCCAUACCGCGACUUGUCAAGUGUACAUGAUAACUCUUUACCUUCGAUAGCACUUAUGAUUGCACUAGCUCAAACUUUCAGACGACAUGCAUAUUGGAGUAAAGAUAUCAUAUUUCUCAUCACUGAGCAUGAAAUGAUUGGUUUUCAAGCUUGGUUGGACGCCUACCAUGGCAUUUCUACUUCUGACUUUAUCAUUAAUGAAAAACUAAAGGGUACGAGCGGUCUCAUACAAGGGGCAAUCAAUCUCGAGAUCAGUAGUGACCGUUUUUCACACAUAGAUGUGAAAAUUGAGGGCUUACAUGGUCAGUUACCGAAUUUAGAUCUUGUCAAUUUGGCUGUUGAAUUGUGCACACGGGAACAGGUUGUGACCAGCUUUCAUGAACGGUUUAAUUUUUACCCUCCCAAUACUCUCACAUGGGAGAGCUGGGAAAAUAACUUUUCAACCAUGCUACAUAUGAUAUUGAUGCAAGCUACAGGUUUACCUAAUGGGGGACAUGGAUUAUUUCUUCGAUAUGGCAUCCAAGCUGUGUCUUUGAAAUCGAUUGAAAGCAAGAGAACAGAUCAAGGAUCAGUAACUUUAAUCCAGAUGGGUCGUGUUCUGGAAGGCAUCAUUAGAAGCUUGAAUAACUUAUUGGAGAAAUUCCAUCAAUCAUUUUUCUUUUAUCUACUGCCAAGCACUAGGAAUUAUAUAUCAAUUGGAGUUUACAUGCCGCCAUUUGCAUUGAUCGCCAUUCCCGUUCUAAUCAAAGCCUUGUACUUAUACAUUAGCCUCCAGUCAUCUGACCCUAAGCUAGAGUUCCAAAACCUUGUCUCCAAUAUUAAUUAUUGGUCAGCUUAUGACAUAAUUUUGCAUGUUUUUUUUGGUACAUUUCUGUACUGUGUCCCGAUGUAUUUGGAUUAUAUCAAAGACUUGAUUCACUUUGGAACUGAGGACUUAAUAUAUGCAACACAUGCAGCUGUAAUUUGUAUGUGGCUUAUGAUUAGUACUUUUACCAGCAGAUCUCAAAUUUCUGAAUCUGAUUUUUCUUACAGAAUGCAUCUUCUCUUAUUAGCAUUAGGAGGUUUUUUGUUUACAUUAGCUUUGGUGAACAUUUCAUUAGCUUUAAUCCUCACAAUAUUGUAUGUCCCAAUUAGCAUUAGCCUGCAGUAUCGUGGGAAAUUUUCAUUUUUGCAGUAUUUUUACUUGUUGCUGAUUAAUCCAUUUGUUUUUACAUUUUUAAUUGUUUUAAUACAAUCUUAUAUGCUUGAUUCUGAUAUUCCCGUAAUGAAUCACUUAUCGAGAUCUAUGAAAGGCCACAAGAAAAUAAUUUUGUUUGCCAUUGAAGAUUCUUACUUUUUUGGAAACUGGUAUUAUAAAAUUGUUACAGUUGUUAUUUUACCGAUAUGGUUUAGUUUGUGGCAUUUAAAAUCCUCAAAAGUUAAAUGUUGA